AUGCAAGUGGAAUACGCAAUGGAAGCCAUCAACAACGCAGGAUCUACAGUUGGCGUCCUCUGUUCUGAAGGCAUCGUCAUCGGCGCAGAACGAAAACAGACCUCCAAGCUUUUAGAAAGGUCCAAACAUAGCGAAAAAAUGUACCAAAUUGACGAACACGUCGUAUGUGCAGCCGCAGGACUUACAGCAGACGCCAACAUCCUCAUAAAUCAUGCUAGGAUCAUCAGUCAACAAUAUCAAUAUACCUAUCAUGAGCUUAUGCCUGUAGAACAGCUCGUCAGACAGCUUUGUAACUCAAAACAAGGCUACACCCAGCACGGUGGGCUCAGACCAUUUGGGGUCUCCUUCUUAUAUGCAGGCUGGGACCCUAUUUAUGGCUUCCAAUUAUAUUGUUCUGAUCCUAGUGGAAACUAUUUAGGCUGGAAAGCCAUUGCGAUUGGGGCAAAUAAUCAGUCAGCGUCAGGGAUUUUAAAGCAAGAUUACGAAGAAAAUUUCACCUUGAGGCAGUCACUAGGAUUGGUAGCAAAAGUGAUUACAAAGUCAAUGGACACGACAUCGCCAACGCCAGAUAAGCUAGAAAUCAUUGUACUGACAAGGCAAAAUGGAAAAGUGGUUUAUAAGACACUGAGGGAUGAAGAGGUACAAGAAAUAUUGACGGAGUUUAAGAUCGUAAGCUAA